AUGCCAGAUGAAAAGCCCCAAAGUAUAGCAUUUUCGGACCCAGUAAGAAGGUCGAUGUCUGGAGAUCAUGGAUUAGGGGCUGAGCAGGAGCAUGACAAGACCGCUCCGAUCGCCGCUCCUAGCACAGCAAAUCCUAAUGGAGUUGCGAACACAGCGUUCAUCCAAAAACUAUACAAUAUGCUCGAAGAUCCAGCCAUGCGAGAGUUGAUUUGGUGGGCACCAUCAGAAACGUCUUUUCUGAUUCAUCCAACUGAACGGUUCAGUAAAGCUCUGGCAACAUAUUUCAAACACGCUAAUAUUGCAAGUUUUGUCCGUCAACUGAACAUGUAUGGUUUUCAUAAGGUGAACGAUCACCAUAGGAGUAACCAUCAGUCUGCGCGCGCGAAACAUGAAAGUUCACCUGCCACGACGCCGUCGACUAAUCAAAUGAAAGCUUCCGGGGUGGAAGCUGACACUUUUAGCGAUACGCAAAAUUCGGGUCCCAAUAUUUGGGAGUUCAGGCAUAGUUCUGCUGCUUUCAGGAGAGGUGAUUUUGAAAGCCUCAAAUCUAUCAAACGAAGAUCCUCGCGACAGCAUGCCUCAAAUCGAAAAAAUUCGAACAGCACAAUAUCAACGCCCCUGGACUUCACUGCUGCGGCGACCGAACAGUGGUCGGAACAGCUUCCAGGAAUUCAUAGAUCGGCAUCAACCGCUGAUGUAGCACAUGGCUAUCCUUUUCCUGCCACGGCUAUGCCAUCCUCGACUCCUAAUACCACAGGUCUCCUUUACCCUUCAGUGGAUUAUUUUGGACCUACUCAGUCUCAGCAGCAUCAACAAAACUAUAGAAUGGUGCCACCUGCUUCUCAAGCGCCACAGAACGGAAUGAUACCCCAGGCCCAGGGUCUUACUUCAUCCCAGUCACAUAUACAAUCGCAAGAAAGACCACUAAUCGGUAAUAAAGUCAGUGAUUACGCACAGUCCGCAAUUUCACAACUAAUAAGGCCAGAAAUCGUAACCCAAACUCAAUUUGAAUAUGCAGUUGAUGACCUGCGUAACACAAACAUGGAUAUGGUGAAAUUGUUAGAUCUAGUGAAUAACCUCGUCUCCUCGCAUCACAUCAUUGGCAAUUCAGAAAAUACGAAAAGAGCGACCACACCAGUCUCCAAUCGAGCGACUGCAAGUGAGACUGGAGUAUCGCCGGGAAACUCAUCGGCUCAGCAACACAACUCUGAAAAUUUAAUGACCGAAAUUCUAAAACUUCGAAAUUCUGCAGUGAACAGGCUACAAAGGUCUUCGGGCUCACAGCAGAGCUCGGGAUCGGUUCGUAGUUCAGUAGACUACCCACCUGCGAACUCUUAUAACGCGCACUAUCCGAAUCGCACAAAUACCGGGCCCAACAAAAGCUCCUUUUCCUCGCCAGCUUUGUCACAACUUGGGAGUUCACAGCCUACGCCGCCGGCUGUCUCGCAGCUUUCACAAACUGCGUACCAACAAACGCAAUAUUUCCCGACUUCUUAUUCCAGCACGGGAGGGGCGCCCACUGAUUACUUUAACUCGACCAGUACAAAAGUCAACAGUUCUACGGGGCCCUACUUAAUGCUGAAUCCUUUUGAAAGAAAAGAUUCGGCUUCGUUAAACAAAAGCAGACAUAUGAGUGUUUUGAUGGAUCCCCUUGCUCCUGCCCCCAUGAAUGCCUCCGUGGCCGCUGUCACCAACGGUGCACCACUUAGUUUGUCUCAGCAACACAACUACUACAUGGGUCAUCAGGUUACAGGUUCUAUCCCCUUAGGCUCGGUCGGUUGUUCGAAAAACGACGUAAAGAGCUUGCCGACGUCAAAUCCAGAUGGUCAGGAUACUAAGAUUGUAGAAAAGAGACCUGCAUCGCCUUCCAUUGCGGAGAUGCCAGUUCAUCCGCUACCGGUAAGAGGUGGGGUGAAGCAAUUCAAUGGAGGUGCGAAUAAUGCCAUGACUUAUAAGCCGUACUUUCCUUAUGGGACAGUGCCGGGCACGGGGCGCACAUCGCCUUUGGGAACUCAAGUGCCACAGUAUACACAAAUGGCGCUGCCUUCGCACAGAUCUCAACAGCAGGCAGUGGCUCGAACUCACUUCGUUCAAAGAGGACCGUCUCCUUUGAACCCACAUACAGCUGAGGCUGCGGAGCAAGAGUCUUCGGAAGAGGCUUCACAAAAGUCAAAUCCGACAAUUGAUCAAGAGCUGUCGACAGCCCGCAGAGAUGAUCCCACUGGUAGCUCCUCGAGAGUUUCGGCAUUGCUGAAUUACGAUGCAAAAGAACAAUCUUCCAAGAAAAUGAGACUUUGA